GGCAAAUCAUCAAUCAAUUCCUUGCACGGACUUGGACGGAAGGACAGGAUGGGGGUGUACUUGUAGCCACGAGGGAAAAUAUCAUUGACAAUACCGACCCAAGCAGGAGGGUUUGUUUCCCGGUCAGGAGUUCCUUCAGCUGGGAAUGGCAGUAAUACCAAGGGGUCACUCAGAAUUCAUUAAUAAUGAUUUCUUGGACCGAUUUCUGUUCUUUUUCUUCUCCUGCCUGCCGGCUUGACAGCACCCAGUAAUUUCUCAGUCACUGUCGAUAGUAAAAUGAGCCGCUGGUAAAUCAUCACAGAAGCUACGGACCAUGGACGUGCAGUGCACAGCCUCGACGAAUCAGUCCCUCUCCGUGAUGGCUCGAUGGAGAAGGGACGCGUGUCGACUGCGCGAUGUUGCGCCGGCAAUGGCGGCAGAAGCACCAUCGAAAACAGAUCUGCAACAAGGCCGAGAACCAAUAGAUGGUACGAGGGACUUAGGCGACUUCAGGUGCCCCCAACGGGUGCUGUUGGGGCUGCCACGAGUGCGCCGUAGGGCCUGAUGUGCUAACGGGAACGCCUACGAGCGGUGCGCCAGUGCCCCCCGGAACAGAACGUGGGAGGCGGGAAUGGGCGAGACGGAGAGGCCCUGUGAGAACUGAAUCUUGGGGACUUCUGUCCAGUGGUUCGAGGGCCCGAGGUGCCUGAAAGGGAGGAGGGGGAAUGGCAUCCAGGGGGGUGGUGUGCGCGGGACUCGUACUGGUCCGCAAUAAUGCCCACUCCGAAAGGAGACCAUACCCCAUGCAUUGAGGGGAGAGAGGAUACGACUACGACUGCGACCACCGCUCAUCCCUUGAAAUCUGUCCCCCCUUGAUCUGAAGGCCGCGGUCGUUGUCAAUCCUCCUGUAGAACUUGUCUGCACUUGAUUUUUUUUGUUACGCUCUUGCGCCCCUUGUUUACCACCUUCGUUGUCCUUCGCCUUCGCAUUCACCUUCGUGACAUUCUUUUCCAUAUCCAUAACAUUUGUUGUCCUUCGUUCCUGCCUGCUUGUUGGGCAGUGACAGCUCGUUACUGUAUCACCAGCCCCGUUGCUCACCUGGGGAAACAACAUUCCUGCUAUCAGGGAUCUCAAGAACACCUGCACACCUCUUAGCCGCACGGGCGCGCGCUCUUGAAAGACUUCUUCUCUCUGUUUAACUACUUUUCUCGCACAUUCUCAUCGCCAUGAAGGGCUUCUCGGCCGCUGCGACUGCUGUCGCUGGCGCUACACUUUUCUUCAAGGCCGCAUAUGCAGAUGUAGACCCUAUCGUCAUUAAAGGCUCCAAAUUCUUCUAUCAAACCAAUGGAACACAAUUCUAUAUCAAAGGCGUUGCCUACCAGCAGGAUUACCUAGGCAAUGGGACAACAUCGAGCGGUAGUGACAACUAUGUUGACCCUCUGGCCGAUGCUUCGACAUGCCAGCGAGACAUCCCCUACCUCACCCAACUGGGGACCAACACCAUUCGCGUCUAUGCGGUCGACCCGACUCAAAACCAUGACGAUUGCAUGAAUAUGCUUGCAGACGCCGGCAUCUAUGUCAUUUCUGACUUGUCCUCCCCCGGCACCUCCAUCAACCGUGACACUCCCACAUGGAACGACGAUCUGUAUGCUCGCUAUACCGCGGUCAUUGACAACCUGGCACAAUACAAGAAUACCCUGGGUUUCUUCGCCGGCAAUGAGGUGUCCAACAACAACACCAACACCGAUGCCAGCGCCUUCGUCAAGGCUGCUGUCCGUGAUAUGAAGGCCUACAUCAAGAGUCAGAACUACCGCCCCAUAGGAGUGGGCUAUGCUACCAACGAUGAUGCCGAUAUUCGUGUCAAUCUGGCCAAUUACUUCGACUGCGGAAAUCCGACCGAUGCCAUUGAUUUCUGGGGCUACAACAUCUACUCGUGGUGCGGAAAGUCAAGUUACACGCAGUCUGGCUACGAUCAACGCACCGAGGAAUUCUCGACCUACAACGUCCCAGUCUUCUUCGCUGAGUACGGAUGCAACACCGUUCAACCCCGCGUGUUCACCGAAGUCCAGGCAUUGUAUGGCCCUCAAAUGAGCCCUGUCUGGUCGGGCGGCAUUGUUUACAUGUACUUCCAGGAGGCAAAUGACUACGGUCUGGUCACCGUUUCCGGCGAUUCAGUGAGCACUCUAGCCGACUUCAACGCCUUGUCCAGCCAGAUUGCACAAAUCGAUCCGACUGGCGUCAAUGCCAACGACUACACUCCCACCAAUACCGCCCCUGCUUCUUGCCCGACCGUGGGCGCGGAUUGGCAAGCGUCGUCGAGCCUACCUCCUACCCCCAACGAAGAACUCUGCCAAUGCAUGUUCGACGCCUUGACCUGCCGACCGAACAACGUUGCCACCGACGAUGUUGGUGACUUGUUUGGCAUUGUUUGCGGCCUUGCCGAUGGUGUCUGCGACGGUAUUGCCGCCAACGCCACCACGGGCGACUAUGGUGCCUAUGGCAUGUGCAAUCCUCAGCAACAACUCGGGUGGGCGCUCAACAGCUACUACGAGCAACAAGCCGCCCAAGGAAACGGUGCGUCGGCCUGCGACUUCAGUGGAUCUGCCACGACCGCGUCUCCUACCAGCCCGAGUGGAAGCUGCGCGACAUUGAUCAGCCAGGCUGGUAAUGCAGGCACUGGCACAGUCACCUCGGCACCCAGCGGCACGGGUGGAUCUGGAUCGAGCUCGGGCUCCAGCUCUGGCUCUAGCUCUGGUUCCGGUUCUGGUGGCAGCGGCAGCACGUCCAACGCCGGUAUCCCUGGAGCUUCCGCUCCCGGCCACAUGGGCGCUCUGCAGCUCGUGGUUUACCUCACGAUCGCUUUUGUUUCGGGAGCCGGUAUGAUUCUGUUGUAGGGGUCUGGAGGCGAGUGGAAGAUGCGUGUAGUUACAUUGGUUAACAGCGAUUCGGGCUUGUUCAUAUGGGUUUGCAGGGUCCUACAUAGUCACAGCUUGCCACUUACUUCGGUCAUUGGCGAUGUAAUUGACGGCAUCAGUGGAGUUUAGCGAGCACCCAAUUCAGUUGGUCUAGGGAGUAAUCCCAAUGAAAGACAAAAACAAUCGAAACAUAGUCAAACAGCCCUAUCUCGCCGUGUGCUACAUGUCCUCUGUGCAUCACAAUGCGCAGCCUUGCGUGGAUGGAUGUAGUCGGAUGAUUGUCGGCUGAACAUGGUCAGACCACUCGCCUAGUAUGCAAGCUGAUUCUCUUGAAGGGACGAUAGAAUAUCUCUAGGGAACCGCUGGAAUGAUUUCAGAAUCUUGGAACACUGGUCGUGACUAUGGACAGUACAGGAAUGCCUGAGGCGCACUCAUAGAACCAUCCAGGCUACAACCUGCGCUGUGCUGCCUGUUGGUGAAAGAACCCAGAUGUCACAAACCUUAGCAGGUCCCCAUCCUCUGACCACUCUCUCUGUUCUCUCCCGGCUUUGGUUCUUUUGAGCAUCUUUGGCCCAAGGGGAGCAGAAGUGUGUGAUUGUCAACACCGACCGACUUUGUCUCCUUUCCGGCCAUCUCUGGUCAACUUCAGCAUUCAAUAUCACACCUCUCAGCCCCCCCCCCCCCAA